AUGCAUGUGAAACUAAUCUGCUUUGUUUUAACUUGCAUAUUUGCAUCAGUGUCUGCUGCUGUAUGUCAAUCUGAUUCACAGUGUAAAGAUGGCUACCACUGUUGUAAAGGAACCAUAUGGUGUUGUCCGAGUGGUUACGCGUGCACGGGUACAUCAACAUGCCUGUCCGCUGGGAUAAUUGCUGGUAUCGUGAUAGGAGUUUUAGUAGUUAUCAUAAGUGUAGCCGCAGUAGUCUACAAAAAAUGUUUCCGAAAUACAGCAUAAAGAAGUCGCAUUGAAAAGCAAAAGGAUGAAAUAACAUAAGAAAGACGUUUAUAAAGAUUUU